AUGAGAAAUCAGAUCGACCUGCUCGCCACUGUCACCGUCCUGGGAGUCCUGGAGCAAGCCUAUUUUGCACUGCAGGUGAUCUCUGCCAGGCGGAGGUACAAGAUCUCUCCUCCGGAGACAACAGGGCACCCCGAAUUCGAGCGGAUCUUCAGAGCUCAGGUGAACUGCUCCGAGUACUUCCCCAUCUUCGUCUCGCUGCUCUGGGUGGCCGGCAUCUUCUUCCACCAAGGUGCGGCGGCCGCCGCGGGGCUGCUCUACCUCUGCGCCCGCCUGCAGUACUUCCACGGCUACGCGCGGGCGCCGCGCGCGCGCCUGGGGCCGCUCUACGCCAGCGCCCGGCUGCUCUGGCUGCUGCUGGGCCUGGCUGUCACCGGCCUCCUGGGCCACUUCCUGCCCCUGGGCGCCAUGGUGGCCAGCACGGGCCUGGGCCGCCGCCUCCGCCUCCUCUGGGUCUCCUAG